UCUGAAGAGAGAAUGUUCCAGACCAGAGCUGAGGCCCUGAGAGCCUUCUUCCUGGCCUUCCUGCUGAGUCUCCCAGGAUCUGGGGCCAUCAAAGUGGAGCACGUAGCGAUUUAUGACAUAUUUGUACAGACGCAACAUCCAUCCGGUGAAUGCAUGUACGCGUUUGAUGGCGAUGACCUGUUCUACGUGGAUCUUGACAGGGAGGAGACGGUCUGGGACCUGCCAGAGUUCAGCAAGGUGUAUGCGUUCGACGCCCAGGAGGCUCUGCCCUACAUCAUCAGCCUGAAGAACAACCUGAGAGCCUUGAUCCAGAGAUACAACGUCACCCAGGCCCCCAGUGAGCCUCCUGAGGUGACCGUGUUCCCUAAGAACCCGGUAGAGCAGGGCCAGCCCAACGUCCUCAUCUGCCACAUCGACAGGCUCUUCCCCCCAGUGCUCAAUGUCACAUGGCUGCGUAAUGGGCAGCUGGUCACUGAAGGAACUUCUGAGACCAUCUUUCUGCCCAGCACAGAACUCAGGUUUCACAAAUUCCACUACCUGACCUUCAUUCCCACGGCGCAGGAUGUGUAUGACUGCAGGGUGGAGCACUGGGGCCAGGGCCAGCCCAGUCUCGGUCACUGGGAAAUGCAGGAGCCAGUUCAGGUGUCCGAGACAAUGGAGACUGCGGUCUGUGCCCUGGGCCUGCUGGUGGGCCUGGUGGGCAUCAUGGUUGGCAGUGUGCUCAUCAUAAGGGCUCCGCACAGGAGGCAGAACCCCCGGGCCCAGGAACCCCUGUGA